AUGAGUAGCGAUAAAAACAAAGGCGGAUUCAAAGUAGUCAAUGGUCCUAAAUCAAAUUAAGGAGCCCUUAUCUCAACCCUCUCUAUAAAUUAAGCAAAUUCAAAUUAAAAUUUACAGGAAUAAAGAAUCAUACAAACAAAUUUAGUAUUUUUGAAUGGACUCGAUGCAAAGCUUUGUAAAGAAGAGGUUUUAAAGAAGAAGCAGUAUAUGGGAUAGUAUGGAAAUGUUAAAAAAGUUAUUUUAAAGCAGGAGGGUAAUAGAGAUUAAAAUUCAGUUGGUGUUUAUGUUUCAUAUUCUUCUCCUAAUGAGGCUUCAAUUGCGAUAUUAGCAUUAGAUUAAUUUGAACUCGAUAGCAAGCCAUUAAGAGCAUUUUAUGGAUCAACUAAAUACUGUAAUUCAUUUUUAAAUGGCUAAUAAUGUAUUAAAAAAGAUUGUCCUUAUUUGCAUGAAAAAGCAAAAGAGCAUACAUUUUAUAAAGAUUAAAGAUUUUAUAUAAAUUAUAAAGAAAUAGCAUUAAAAAUAGUGAAUUAAAAAAUUAGUUUUUACAAUAAUUAUUCAUCAGUUUAAAACCCUAUAUUUCCAGAUGUUAUGAUAGUAUUAAAUGAAUUAAAAUCUUAAUUAUAAAUACCUGAUACACUCACUACUGCAGUAUUAAAAGCGAACGAUUCUAAGAACUCUGCAGUUAUUAUUAAUAAUAUUACAGCAUGUACUUGGGAUGAUGAUGAUGCUAUGACAAAUGAGGGAAUUUAAAAUUAAAAUUAAGAUUAAAAUUAAAAUUUUGAGAUUUAAAACUAAGAAUAUAUUUAAAAUUAAGACAUUAACAUCACUCAGAAAGAUAUAAACUUAUUUAAUUAAAAUACAAACUAGUUACAGCACCCUUUAUUUGAUUUAAAAUCUAUGAAUACUUUAAAUUAUUAUAAGAUGGUCGAAAAAUUAGAUUUGCCUUUUUAAAAUCCUAAUUUGUAUUAGUUAUUAUAACAACCUGAUAUACAAUAAUAGCUUGGUAUAAAUUAAUACAUUAACAGGGUAGAGCUUGAUUCUAUAAAUUACUCACCAAAUUAAUUCUAUUUUGAUGAUAAAUUUUAACUAGCAGAAAAUUCUUAAACUAGUAGAUUUUUUAAUGACUCUAGCAAGAGCUUUAAAUUUAAAAAUAUAUGGGGACCUGUUGGUUAAAAAAAAAGCUCACUUAAAAUUGAAAAUCCUAAUAAUCCUAAUUAUAUAAAUGGUUUGUAAGGAAAUGAUUGCAUAUAAUUACCUCAAAGUAAUGAAGAAGAUGAAUUUAGUGUGCUUAACACAUUUAUUUUGGCAUAUAACAUUACUCAUAGUUUGUGGAUUCCUUAUGUCAAAUUGCAAAAUUUAACUGAAAAGAUAUUUAAAAAACUACUGGUUGAUCAAUAAAUAUCUUAAUUUAGUUUCAAUAAAUACAUGUUUGAUAAUGAUAACUGGAUGUUGGAAUUCCUUGAAAAUAACUUAUUUACUGAUGAAGAAAAAGAAAUUAUUUUGAGUGCUGCUAGAAGUACAUUUAAGGAUAAAAAUCUACUAUAUGUUGAUAUUGCUCCAUAAUGUGUUGACUUGUUUACUCCUGUAGUUGAACAGAAGCAGCAAUUGCAAGAGGUUUAAACAAUAUUUACUUUACAUCCGAAUCAUUAAAAGCAAAGAAAAAGAUCUUCGAAUUCUCUUUAGAGCACUAAUCACAGCAGUAUGGGUGGAGAGCUAGCAGAUCUUGAGGAGAGUAAACACAAUGAAGAAAACAGCUAACUGAUAAAAAGCAAUAUUUUUCCUUAAUCUUCAAAUUAAAGUAAAACAAGCAAAACAAAAUUAAAUAAUAAUGCAUAAUCAAGUUCUUCUGAUGCACCUAAAAAAGCUGAAGAAAAAUAGCAAAGUGUUUAAAAUAUAAAUAAACCAAUAAAGAGUAGUUCCAUAACUAGUCAACCUAGUAAUUUAUCUUCUUCAAUUGUUAAGAAUGAGUUUCAAAUCUAAAAAUAAUCUAGUAACUAAAACUCAUAAAAGUUAGAGCUUAAUAAAAGCGCUUCUUAAUAGUCUUCAAAAAAUAUAAAUUCAACUGUCAACUAGCAAGUAAAAACAAUUUAAAAAACAACUUAAAAUCCUGCAAGCAAUACUGCUAAUACUAAUAAAGUAAAUGGAACUAAAGUUGUCUCUAGUUCCACUUCAUAGCAAGAAACUUAAAUAAAAAAGCAGGAAUCAGAAAAAGAAAAGAAUGAACAAGAUGAAGAAUUUGUGAGCAUUUAGCCAAAAGGAGGAGCUAUAAAAUUGGAAUUAGCUGACAAAAAGAAGGAGAGAGUUGAUAACAACAUGUUCACAUUUUUAGAAAAUGAAUAAGAAGAAGAUGAAGAUAAAGAUAAAGAUAAAGAGGAACAAUAAAAGCAAAAGAAUGAUAAUACAACUAAAAAGCAAAAAACCAAAGUAAAAUAAGCUGAAAAACCUGAGAAAAAGACCUCAAAAAAAAUGAACUCUAAAUAGCUAGAGCAAUAAUAAUUGAAGGAAGAGAAGAAAAAGAGGUAGGAGGAAUAUCAGCUUUUAAAUGAACAACUUAAUCUGAUCAAAUAAGAGAAAGAAAAAAACAAGUAAAAACAGCAGGAGUAAAAGCAAGAAUAGAUGCAAUAACAGCAAAAAAAAAAGUAAAAAGAGUAAGAGAAGGAAUAGUAACAAUAGGCAUAAGCUGAUAAAUCUUAAAUUUUGAAUCCUUUGAUAAAUGGAGGUUGCUUGAAGUUUAAUUGUAAUUCAAUAAAUUGCCACGAAAUAAGCGGCUAACAGAUUUUAGUGCAAAAUGGUGAAAUUCAAAUUCCUUAAAUUAAGCAGAGCACUUUUGAUAAAAAGAGAAAGAAAAGACAAGAAAGCAGUCUUAAUAGCAUUGACAUAUAGAAAUAAAUUAGCAACUUAAUGAGCAUAGACCCAAAGGCAUUUUAAUUUCAAAAUUAGAAUAGAUUAGUUAACUAGUAAUUAGCAUUCCAUGCUGAAGCUAGCGUUACUAAUAUAAAUGUGACUAAAGAAGGCAUAAAUAUAAGUGCUAAUAUUACUAAAUCAACUCAGUAAGGACUCUUACCACCAGAAAUUACAAAAAAUGCUUCUAAAAUUUAAAUGCCAAACAACAUAGUAGUUCGUUUUGAUAAUGUAGAUAAUACAAACAAAACUUCUACAAUACAAAAUACUAUAUCUACCAAUGUUCCUAUUGAUAGUAAACUGAACUAUAGAUCUAGCAAAUCUAAAAAUGAGAAAAAUCUUGCAAAUAAGAAGAAAGAAGAGAAGCAAGUUUAGUAUGAAAGCAAAGUGUACCACAGUGAUUUAAUAAGUGAGUAGGCUGUGUACAAAGGCACUCCAGAGGUAGGAAUUAAUGAUGAUAAUGAGUGA